AUGUCUGCCGGUGUCAAGCAUUCGAUUACGGACUUCUUUGCCGUUUCAAAAAGACAGAAAUCAACGAUUUCCAAGAAAGCAGCGGCCGUGGUUAAACCAAGCCCUAAGUCUUCUACCCCGUUGAAUGUCACCAGUGUAGCUACGCCAGGACUUAGCAUGUUUAAGGUGAAACCUCCAAGUGUCGCAAACAAAUUUGACAGGCAAGCAUGGAUCAAUUCCCUUAGCGUGGAGCAAAAGGAAUUGCUCGAUUUGGAAAUCAACACAAUGGACGAGUCUUGGUUGGCUGUUCUCCAUGAAGAGAUGACUAAGCCAUACUUCAUCGACUUGAAGAAAUUUUUACGUGACGAAUGGAAAAGUGGAAAAGUAAUCUUCCCACCCCAAAAGGAUAUCUACUCGUGGUCUCGGUUGGCUCCUUUAUCCAAGGUUAAAGUGCUUAUUCUCGGUCAAGAUCCGUAUCAUAACUACAACCAGGCUCAUGGCCUCGCAUUUUCUGUUCACGAUCCUAGAACUAAGCCUCCUCCAUCUCUUAAUAAUAUAUACAAGUGUCUAAAGAAGGAUUACCCGGAUUUUGUCGUUCCUACAACAGGAGAUUUGACCCAGUGGGCCCAACAAGGUAUACUUCUUCUCAAUACUUGUCUUACAGUGAGAGCCCAUAAUGCCAAUUCACAUUCCAAUCACGGCUGGGAAAAGUUUACUUCAACAGUGAUUCGUAAGCUGGUUGAUUAUAAGAAUCACGUGGUUCAUCAAGGUCUAGUCAUCAUUGCUUGGGGUUCUCCUGCUCAGAGAACCAUUCGUAAUGUGGGACAUAUCGACUGGGACCAGAACCUAUUUUUGAAAUCCGUUCAUCCUUCCCCUCUCAGCGCCCCGCGUGGUUUCUUCGACUGCCAGCACUUUAUUAAAUGUAAUAAUUGGCUCUAUGAACGAUAUGGUUCCGAGGGACUUAUUGACUGGGCCAUAGUUGACGGUAAUAAACUUCAAGAUCUAGAAAAGAAAAAGGACAAGUCAAAACGUCUCCAAGAGGCGCUAGAAGCAAGAAAGAAACCUAAAGACGAAUGA